AAUCCCUUUGGUGUAUUCAAAAACCCCCCAAAUCAACCCAAUACAGAGAGGGGAAAAAGCCCUAAUCUUGUAAGUUUUGGUUGCGAAACCAGAGAGAGAGGUGGCCGCGGAAGAAGAUGACUCAAAAAGCCAAUCUCUUCAAGGGCCAGCAAAAGGCGAAGUCAAUCCCCCCCAAUCGCCAUGGAAAGCUCCCGAAAAAUCGCAAAGGGAAGAGAGUUGUGAAAUCAGCUAAAAGCACAGACGCCGAUCGUGAGCUAACAAAGUUCAUAAAUCAAUGCAAUGAAGUAAAAGCUGCAAGUAUUGCCACAAAGGAUGGUGGCCAAUUAAGUGUGGUUAAACUACAACAAGAGUCUUCCAAUGCAGCAAAAAAAUAGAUCAUCAACUCAUGAAUUUGAAGAGUAAAAGAAGCUGCUACUCUACCUAUUUGCAGACUGUUUACAUGUAACAGCAAACAAUUUUUGUGCAUUUCAUAUAAGUGUUAAGAACUUAUCUUGGAAGAAUUUAUUGCUUUGUAGGACUAGAACAUAGGUUGUAUGUGUGGUAUAAGGUUUAGUAACACAGUUUGUGUCAAUGUUGAUCCCAAUCACUUCAGGUGUCUA